AUGGUCCGUCAAUUCGUCUUGGCUUGCGGUCUGUUGGCAGCGGUGGCUGUCCAGGCUCGGCCCGCCGAACCGUCUCCUCCCUUGGUGACGGAAGCGCCCGAUGCCAGUCUCAUCGAGAAAAGAGCGACCAGCUGCACCUUUUCAGGCUCCGAGGGAGCCUCCAAAGCGAGCAAGUCGAAGACCUCUUGCUCCACGAUUUACCUUUCCGAUGUGGCCGUCCCAUCCGGCACCACCUUGGAUCUCACGGACCUGAAUGAUGGUACCCAUGUUAUCUUCCAAGGAGAAACCACCUUUGGCUACGAGGAAUGGGAGGGCCCCCUCGUCUCGGUGUCGGGAACCGAUAUUACGGUGGAAGGCGAGAGCGGUGCGGUGCUGAAUGGCGAUGGCAGCCGCUGGUGGGACGGCGAGGGCGGCAAUGGUGGGAAAACAAAGCCCAAGUUCUUCUAUGCCCACGACUUGACCUCCUCGACGAUCAAGAGCAUCUAUGUCGAGAACUCGCCCGUUCAGGUCUUCAGUAUUGACGGAUCCACCGAUCUCACCAUGACCGAUAUCACGGUGGACAACACGGAUGGGGACACCGAUGACCUGGCUGCCAAUACCGACGGUUUCGAUAUCGGUGAAAGUACCUAUAUCACCAUCACCGGGGCCGAGAUCUACAAUCAGGAUGACUGCGUUGCCAUCAACUCCGGAGAGAACAUCUACUUCAGUGCCAGUGUCUGUUCCGGUGGCCACGGCCUGUCGAUUGGCUCGGUCGGAGGACGCGAUGAUAACACGGUCAAGAACGUGACCUUCUAUGAUGUGAACGUGCUCAAGUCUCAGCAAGCGAUCCGCAUCAAGACCAUCUACGGCGACACCGGCUCGGUCAGCGAAGUCACCUAUCAUGAAAUUGCCUUCUCCGAUGCCACCGACUACGGCAUCAUCAUCGAGCAGAACUAUGACGAUACUUCCAAGACUCCCACCACCGGGGUUCCCAUCACUGAUUUUGUCCUCGAGAAUAUUAGCGGAACCUGUGAGGAUGAUGACUGCACGGAGAUCUAUAUUGCCUGCGGGGAUGGCAGCUGUUCGGACUGGACCUGGACCACCGUCAGUGUUACCGGGGGCAAGGUCAGUGAUGACUGCCUGAACGUGCCUUCGGGGAUUAGCUGCGAUUUCAUGCACCGUUACACGCCCGCCAAGAAGUCGGAGUUCUGA